UUUGUAUUAUCUGUGAUCUGCGUUGCAAAGAGUUACCUGUGUAAUGUGUGCAAGGCAAUAUAAUGCAAAUUACGAAGGUUAUAUAUGGGUUCAAUCGAUUUAGUUCGUUACUGGCGUUUAGUCUAAAAGCUAUUGUUUACACAUAUUUUCAUACUUCUUAUUGCGGUAAAUAAAUAUGCACAUGUCUGUUGUUUUGGGGCAUUAAAGUAAAAACCCAUUCAUGCCGAAAGUUAUUUUAUGGUUAUGUUUGUUUGUUCCUGGGGUCAUUGAAAAUGUUUAAUCAUUGUGUGCAUGCAUGGCCUUGUAACAAUAUGAUCACUCCUUGUGUGCCACAAGAUGAGCAGUAGAAGAAUCCAACAUUGAUACAGAAUGCUAAAGUGAACUACAUCUGCCAAUUACCUAUGGGAUUCUGGGACAAGUUGGUGAACCUUCUGGGAUUUAAGAAGAAAGAAGUGAAUAUCUUAGUAGUUGGUUUAAACAACAGUGGGAAAUCUACAGUUAUAAAUCAUUUCAAAAAUGAAGAGGAGAAAUUAACAGAAAUUGUACCUACAGUGGGUUUCAAUGUAGAAAAAUUUAAAAAUCAGAAUGUUGGAUUCACUGCUUUUGACAUGUCUGGGCAGGGGCGGUAUCGAGACCUCUGGGAACAUUACUACAAGGAUUGCCAUGGUAUAAUAUUUGUGAUAGACAGCAGUGACCGUCUGCGUCUUGUUGUUGUCCGUGAAGAACUCAAUCUUCUGCUGCAGCAUCCAGACAUCUAUGGACGAAGAUUUCCAAUCCUGUUUUUUGCAAACAAAAUGGAUGUACGUGAUGCUUUGUCCAGUGUGAAAAUUGCUGCAGGCCUGGGCUUAGAUCAAAUUCUAGAUAAAUCAUGGCACAUCUGUGCUAGCAAUGCCCUAACUGGAGAAGGUUUACAAGAGGGAGUGGAAUGGCUUACACAGCAAGUCAGAGAAUUGAUCAGCAAUAGAUCAUGAAUUAUAUCACAUACCUGAAAUUUGGAACAAGAACAUUUAGACGUUUUUAAAAAGCCAUUUUUCUUUUUCCUUGCACAUUGUAGUCCAUGUUAGCUGUUUUGUACUCACUAAAAUCUUGUAGUCUAUUUUUAGGCUGUUAUGUGGCUGGGACUGUAUGUGUUUUUGUUGGAUUGGAUAGUAGUUUUUAUAACCUGGAAAAGGAGUAUAGAUUUGGGGGGGGGGGUUUAGUAGGUUGUGACUGUGAGUGGGGAUGAUGCUGGGUUGUAUGUUUAUUUUAAUACAUUGAAGAUACAGUUGUGGAUGUCUAUUUGUGUGUCAUUUAGUUGAAGGUUUUGGUGUCUCUUCUGUUGGCUCCUGUGUUGUUGAACUUUGCCUUUUGGAAGAAACAGGUCCAUCAGAGCCUGGAAGGGAAUACAGUGUUCUUUGGCCCCAAGAUCUAUUUCUCUAUAUUCCAGCCAGCAAAUAGAAUGCAUUCCUCAAGGCUGUUACACAAUCUUUUCUCCAGUCUUUAAUGUGGAUGACCUCCUUGCUAGGUCUCUUCUGAUGUGUCCAGUCGUCUGUCUCUGCACCACUUGGUUGGUGCCGAUCAUAUUCCCAUGGUGGCUCUAAUUAUUUCUUGCAGCCUUGCUGGUGGUCCAGCAGCCACCUUUACUGCCUGUAGGUUAAGAUCCCAUUGUAGAGCCUGAUUUAACAACAUAUCACUGCCCGUGAAGAGGCUCUGCUUUAUUUCUGUCUCACUCCAUUGAUGAAUGCAUGAGUAAACUCACAGGUAACCCGACAGGGGUCUUAGGUGGCAUCACAGCUAACAAAACUUACAUGCAACAAUAUAUUGAUAUGAAAAUUGGACUCCAUAUUGAUGCACAACAGUUCCGUCCGUCUUGUGUCUUAAUACGUGUUUGGAAUGUAAUUAUUUCUAGUCAUAAACUAUAUUUCAUUGUUAAGAUAACAUUUAUUUAUGCUUACAAUAUGAUUUAUCAUCAUAUCUAGGAGAUAAAGUACACCAGACAAUGUGCAAGAGUAUUAUUUUAUUUAAAUAUAUAUUAUUAUUAGGUUAGCAAAAAUUGGAUUGUGUCUGACAUGUUGAAUAAUAUUUAAAAUAAAAUAUAAAUGAUUGUAUGCAA